ACCUGUGUACUUCUUAUUCUUUUUCUCUUUUUUUAACAAUACGCAUGCUCUUGGUUGAAGCUUUGGACUAACAAACUUUGUUCCCCCUCACAGUUUUCUUAGCUGUGGUUUUGUCACUCCCGUCCUUUAGGGUUGCACUUGGCUCAUACGUGCACUGUUAUGGUUUUAACAUAGCUGCUGGCUUAGUUUUGAGCUCAUUAUCUUAGUCACCCUUCCCCUCUUAAGUUUAUAAGGUCCCUCUUUCCCUUUUAACUUCUAAAAUUAGCCACCGCCUUCCCUUUGACUAAUGACUCAUUUAGCUUAAUUGUUCACCUGACCGCUGGUGUCUGGUUAUUAGGAAGUAGCAGUGUCCAAGUUGGCACGUGUUUGCUCGUACGUGCACCCACAGUUUGCACUGUUUCCGUCCGCUGCUGCGAGCUGUCCGCUUAGCUUUUCUUUCUUUUAAACGUGUUUUCCGUGCCGCAUGUUUGCAUUAUAAAUCUCAUGCACACAGUGGCAAGGCGCUUAUCGGUUGCGUAUCAGAACCCGCGCGAGUUAUUGGGCUUUCUGGUUUUACUCAGCAUUCAAUUUUUUUAAUGUCUUUUUUUUUUUUCUUUUUGGCUGAUGCUCUGUUUAGUUUUAGGAAGCUCGAUCCUGUCACAGAGCUCCAGCUUCCCUCCCACUGUCACAGACUCCUGUGUGGAGGCGUCUGUUUUAACCAGGCUUAUAAAACCAAAAGAACCCAAGAUAUUCCCAAAGAUGUCCCACCAUACACAAAGCCUCUGAGUGCACUCCCACUUAACAUGGCCUCUUUCUUUGCUCCAAACUUCUUCUUCAAAUCUUGUCACUCAUCAUCUUUUCAGCUGUCUAACAAUGUAAAAAUGUGCUCGAAUGGGGAAGGUUGCUGCAGGCCAUUUGCCACUUGCCACAGGAACAAACAAAAGCCGUUCCUGUAUUGUAACUGAAAAGAGGGGUGGCCUUGGUCCCUCCACUUCUCGAAAAAGAUUGCAUUUAAAAGGUAAUUAGCACGAGCACAAGAAUCAAGACCUUUUUUUUUUUUUUCGUUUUCACCACCCUAUCACUUUGGUGUGAGGCAGUGGUUUAAAUGAGCCUGUGUACAGAGCACUUUUGUUAAUACAUUCAAAGGGAAACUAUGGCUGAUCUGGGCCAGUGGUGAUGUCUUCUAACAUCUUAUGAUAGAACGACAAUUUCAGAUCUGACAGUUGACUACCAAGCAACCGAUUGGCUUUUCUGAGUAUAAGGACUUCAGAUGUGUCCCCUGCCAGCCACAGUGGCCCUUCAGUCACGAGAUGUUUUCCAGAAGUCAGAACGACAGCGACGGGGGAGGAGGGCAGCAGGGGUCAUCAUUGAACCGGCCAGCGGGUACACUGAAUGACGAAGGGAGCUCUGAACCACGGACUCGGCAGACUGAUGACGGUCCUUCAAAUCCCGGGUUGAACAAAGGACAGCUGCCCCAUACUGAACCAGUGCUAUCUCUGGAUCAGAUUAGGAUAACUGGGAGUAGCAAUGAGUACACAGAAGGGCCCACUGUUGCCCAAAAGUCUCCAGGUACUCAGGAUACAUCACAGGGCUUAGGAGGCAGUGGACAGCAGGAGACUCAAAAAGAGAGGCCUUAUAAUCUCCGCAACCUGCACGGAAACUCUUCCACGCCGGGUGCUAUGCAGUCUUCCAGUGUAGACGACUCCCAUAGCAGCAUCAGGACCAGCGUGGGAAGCGUUUCUUCAGACCAGAGGCUUAUCGGCAGCCCAGAGAACGGCGAACAGAUAAUCAGAACACAGCCCAAGCGUUCUGAACUGAACUCAGAGGAGCUGAAACCCCUGAAUGAGGAGUCCAGGCCAGUAGUGGUGAUGACGAGCAGCAGUGUCAAUAGAAAUCAAGGUAAACACUCGGUUAGGUGUGAGGACUGCGGCCGAUGUCAGUGUUCAGAUUGCCGUCGCCCACGGGUGCUCCCUUCCUGUUGGAUGUGCGGCCGGCGGUGCGUGUGCUCAGCAGAUAGUGCAGUGGAGUACGGGACGUGCGUCUGCUGCAUAAAAGGCCUUUUCUACCACUGCUCCAGCGACGACGAGGACACGUGCACGGACAAGCCAUUCUCGUGCACGCAGUCCCACUGCUGCGUCCGCUGGGUCACCGUGUCGCUCCUCUCCUUGUUCUUGCCCUGUAUCCUGUGCUACCUCCCGGUUAAAGGAUGCGUGGCAGUGUGUCAGUGCUGCUAUGACAGAGCCAAACGACCCGGCUGUCGGUGCAAGAACUCAAAUUCAGUCCACUAUGAGGAUGUCCGGAAACCAACGUAGACGUAGUGUGUGUGUUGAGAUGGAUGAAAUGGCUCUACGCUCACUCAACUCGAUAGGCAUGUAGUUGUGUAGAUGAAAGGUUUUAAUAGAGAUCUAAUAAUGCUGUUGUGCUUAAGGUUUUGUAUUUUUCAUCUAGGUUAUUACAAUAUCUGCUGAAAAAUGGCCUUAAUAUGCUGCCUUUUUAAAGUGGGCUCAGAAAAAUCUCUGUACUAAAGGCAUGGGAGGUGCAUUCACUCACCCUAGCAUUAGGAGUUUCACUUGAAAGGUAAACCAAAAGAAGCGCUCUACAUUUAAAGGUAUGAAGACAUAUUCAACUACUGUCUUUUUUUCCUCCUUUUUUCUUAAUGUCCUGAAAAACUUGUUCACUCAAGUGCCCUCGUUGUUUUAUUGUUAUGAGAGUCCAGCAGAUAGUGUCUUCUCUCUUUUUGUUGUUUUAACAUUUAAUACAACUUGUAUGCUAAGAACAGAUUCCUGUUACUGACUGUAAAGUUUUAAUUGCAAACGGUGUGCGUACGUCAGAAAACGAGUUGAACAGAUGUUUUAUUUUUGUACAUAAUACUUCAACUGAGAAAAGUUUUCUGCCAUGCCAGAGGCACCUUGAUGAAUCCAUACCUAAACUAAUCAGCCACAACAUUAAAACCACUGACAAGCGAAGCAAUGAUGUCAUUGCAGUAUAAGGUUUGCCCGGGAAACGUACCGCCCAUUUAAACGUUGUUUACGCAAAGCCCCACCCGGGACAGGGGACAGUGUUCCCAUCACACUUCAUAAACUCCUCAGGAACGAUUUGAAAGAACACGUUAAAAUAUCCCAAACUGAUCAGAAACAAAGUCACCAACCCACAACCCAUGACAGUGUCCCCACUGCCAGACACAACAUUAAUCACAGUGUUUUUUAAGAAAAGGGAGACUGGUGGUUUUAAUGUUUUUGGCUAAUGGGUGUAUAUGAAUCAGAUAAUUGACCUUUUGUUUGUUUGAAAUUUUGUUUUACGUUCACUGGAAUGUUUCUUAAUCACGUUUAUGUAAUUUACAAAAGAAAGAUCUUAUCCCUUCUACUUGUAAAUUGUACAGUGACCUUAUAUGAAAAUUCUAUUUUCAUAUAACUUUAAAUAUAAAGUUAAAACUAUAUAUUUAUUUGAAGGUUUAUUAUUUUAUAAUGAUAAAAUAUUUAUUUUGAGAAGGCAUCAAUGUUUCGCCUCUUUGUGGGAGAAGGGGUCACUCUGUAGUCACUGCAAGAUCAGAGAUGACCCUGUACGAGUGUCAAAGCUGGAUGAAUAUUUCACUAUGGAUUAGGAGACAAAUAUAUUAACGUUUGACAUUAAACAACCCUGAAGUCUG